AGUAGAUCCUACCUAAAAAGAAUCAAGACGAUUUUUCUCUCUCUCUUUCUCUUGAACUGUGAGCGAUUUCACAUUUACUGAGUGAGAACAUCUUCAUGAUUCCAACGCACUCUCUCCGUGUCCACGAUGGUUGGGAAGGCGAAGAAAAGAGAGAAAGCUGAUGAUACAGGGGAAUUGGAGCACUCAAAAACUGAAAAAGAUGGAGCCAUCAACAAGGGAUCGAGUAGCAGUUUGAAGCCUAUGAACAAUGAGGUGAGCCUUAAUUCUCAGCUUUCAUGGAAUUCCAGUCCAGAUUCUAUACUAGAAAGUAUAUGUAAUCGUAAAAUCGUAGAUGAAUCGAUGGGUGAUUCGGGGAAGAAACGGGCAGAACUGAAUUAUGAAAGGACAGAAGCAGGAAAGAAUGUCUCGGAUAAUUUUGAUCCAAAGAAGUUGAGAGGUGAAGAAUGGAAACUAGAGUUCAUAGAAUCAAAUGUGAUAAAUGAAAAAGUCAUAGCCAAGGUGCAUAAGGAAGAGAUGCAGGAUGUAGUUGAAUACUGGAAAUUAUCUGUGUUAUGCUACAUAUUAGGUUCAAAACCUCCCUUUUAUGUGGUGAAUGGGUUUCUUAGAAGACUGGAGAGAUUUGGGAUUUGACAAGGUUCUAUUAAUGGAUAAUGGAUAUACAUAGUGAGAUUCAGAUCAGUUGAUGAAAAAGAGAUGGCAAUCAGGCAGAAAAUGUAUCAUUUUGAUGGUAAGCCGCUUAUUGUUAAGGAUUGGAAUGUAGAGUAAGGCUUUAAAAUUAAAAACAUAAACCAGGUUCUUGUAUGGAUUCAGUUGUCAAGGCUUCAAUUGAAAUAUUAGAGUGCCCGUACUCUGAGUAAGAUUACAAGCACUAUAGAAAGGCCAUUGGAGAUGGAUGAAAUGACAUGUUAGAAAAAUAGAGAUGGUUAUGCAAGAAUCUUGAUUGAAAUAGAAAUCAGUAGCACUAUACCUACAUCACUGUGGUUUGAAGAUGAAAAUGGAAUUGUUCAAGAGCAACCCAUAAGAUAUGAAUGGAAACCUAUAAGGUGUAACACUUGUAAGAGGUAUGGUCAUGCUAUAGAAGAAUGUAAGAAGUCACAAGUACAAGUAUGGAAAAGGAAAAUUGAGACAGUAAAGGAAAAGGAGAAGGUGAUAAUCAGGCACUCAAAAAAAGACCAAACAGUUCAAGAAGAAUCUACUUCAACUGUUGAUGCUAUGACUGCAGAGAAAUUAGGGAAUGAAGAAAAGAGAAAAAGAAGUCAAUCAAUAAUGAUCCUCCAUAUCUGUUGAGAAAAGGUGUUGUUACUGGUGGUAAAAAGGUAGUAGCAAUAUAGGAUGGAAAAAUAAUGGGAAAACAGAAAGGAAUGAAUAAAGUUUGUUACAAUGGUACUAGCAACCCUUUAAUAGGGUUUAGUUACCAUGAGUAACAUUAUCUCAUGGAGUAUAAGGGGCCUUAAUUGUCCCCUGAAACACAAAGAGAUUGAAAAAUAUCUCUUUGUUAAUAGAGUUGGUAUUGCAGGAUUGCAGGAAGUUAAACUCAAUGGGGAGAUUAUGACUAGGAAAUGGUCAAACUAUGAUUAUGUAAGUAAUAAUGAACUAGAAGACAAAGGAAGGAUUCUGUUAAUGUGGCUGAAAGUAGAGUAUAAAGUAAAUAUUAAGAAGAAAAAAAAAAGCAGCUAAUCCAUGGAAUCUUCAAAGAACUUGGUAGCACCAUGGAAUUUGAAAUCACUAUAAUAUGUAGAGAUCAUCAACAUCAAGGAAGGAUUGCUCUAUGGGAUGAACUACUGGAGAUGGCAGUAAAAAUAAGAAGACCUUUGCUUAUAAUCGGGGAUUUCAAUUGUAUAAUAAGCUCUGACGAAAAAAUUGGGGGGGGGGGGGGUGGAAGGUUCAGAGAAGAUUAGUCAAGAUGCAGAAAUGUUUAAUCUUGUCAUGGAGACUUGUGAAGUUCAGGAAAUUAAGACUCAAGGUAGUGCUUUCACAUGGAGAAAUAAGAAAUCUGGUGACAAUAGAAUUGUCUCAAAAUUAGAUAGAGCUCUAAUAAAAGAGCUUUGGUUUGAAGAAUGUGAAGAUGCAGAUGCUUUAGUACUGACUGCAGGAAUUUUAUAUCAUUGUCCUUUAUUGAUCAGGAGGGUAGAGAAGAUGGUUAGGAAGAAAAGUACUUUCAGAUUUUAUAACACGUGAUUAAAUUACCCCUCUUAUAGGUACUCAAGGCAAACUGGAAGCAGAAUAAGGAAGGAGCAAAGCAGUACAAGUUAUGGAGGAAAUUGAAAGAUCUGAAAAAUCCUUUGAAAGAGUUAAACAAGCAGCACUUUAUGGAUUUUGAGCAAAAGAUAGAAAUGGGAUAAUGAUAGGUACAAGUAAAAAUUACAAGGAAAAAUAACAGAGAAAUGAUCUCACCCAUCUAUUUUAAAAACUUUUCAUACGGGGUUUAAGUAUUUAAGGUUAAGGUCUAGUUUUGAUAUUUGACACAUCAUUCCUUGUAAAUUUUCCUUGUUAUUUUUUCCCUGCACAUAUUACUACUCAUAGAAAUGGCACAGAAAAACUUGGAAGAAAUUCAAAGGGAGCUCCAGCAAGAUCCGAUGAAUAUUCAGCUUCAAAAUGAUGAGGAGCGAGGUACUAAAGUUUAUAUUGAAGUUUCCAAAGCAAUGAUGAGUUACCGGCAGCAGCAAUUGAAAGCACAAUGGAUACAUGAGGGAGACCUAAAUACAAAUUUUUCCACCAUUAUUUAACAAAGAAGAAAAUUCCAAAUAGAAUAACUUCUUUUACAAAUCAGCAGGGUGAUAUAAUAGAGGGUAGAGAACAGGUAAAGUAGCAUUUUAUAAACUUUUAUGUGCAUUUGUUGGGACAGAAAGUCAAAGGAAAUUAGUUAACAGUAACAUUUUUCAAUUAGGAUUUAAACUGACUGUAUACCAGCAGAUACGUCUGAUUGAAAAUGUUACUGAGGCUGAAAUAAAGGCAGCUUUAUUCAGCAUAAAUUCUCAGAAAAGCCUGAGUCUAGACGGCUACAACAACAGUUUCUUCCAAGGUUCCUGGGAUAUAGUGGCAAAGGAGGUAAAUGAAGCUAUAUUAGAAUUUUUCAAUUCAGGGAAAAUAUUGAAACAAUUUAAUGUAUAUUAAUAGCUCUGAUUCCUAAAGUACAAAAACCUAGAGAUGCUGCU